AUGUAUGAUGCUAUAGAAGUAGGUGCAAAACAAAGAGCUGCUGGCAAUAAUUUUUUGGGGAUAAACAACUUCAUCAUUGCAGAAAUGGCAAGUGACGAAUUUUGUGACCAAGAGACAUUGGAGGCAUUAUUAAAUGAUGACGAGGAUAGUUGUCAGCCUCUGAUUAAUACAGAUAAAAAUAAUGUUGAUCAGUCUGUGGAAGAUUUUCUCAAUGCUUUAUCUGAUGACAGUGACUCUGAUGAUGAAACCGUACAGAAAUGUACAUCUGUUGAUAAAGAUAACAUUGAUGCACUUGCAACGUCAACGAAUGAUAACGUCUUAGGUACUGAAGCUGAUAAAAAUUCUGCUGUAAGUUUAGCAGUUCAAAAUGUGAGUGAGGAUACUGCUCCCUCAUCACAGAUGACAGACCUGCCAAUGUCAACCCAGGCACUGCAGGAAGAAAUGAUGAAGAUGCAGCAGAAGAUGUUGGAGCUGCAAAAGAUGUUGGCCAUGCAGCAACAGCUAACUCUGUCAUCUGUCAACAUAAUCUCACCUCAGCCAUCACCUUCUUCAGUAAUCAACAAACCACAUGGGGCGACAGCUUCAGCUACUCCAAACAAACCAUCAGUUUCUUCAUCACAAAAUUCAACUGGACACGUUAACAAAUCACAAGGUUCAACACUUCAAAACAAGAAUUCCUCUCCCCAAAGCUCAUCAAAGUCACCUGCACGUUUCAACAAAUCACAAGGCUCAACAGCUUCACCACUUCAAAACAAAGUUCCCUCAUCACAAAGUUCAUCCAAGCCAACUCUACCUAGCGCUGAUAAAACUAAGUUGAUGAAAACCAGUUCCUUACCCUCAACAAACUCCAGUGUACCUAAACAACAGGAACUGUCUUCAGUAAAAAACAGAACAAUCACUCUACUCCCAGACAGCAGUGAUAUCCUGUUUUCUAAUACUAAAACUUCAGCUGAGACUUCAUCAUCUAAUAAAGGACAGUGUAAAAAAUCUAAUUCUUUAGGGAAAAGCCCUAAAAGGAGUAAAAUGGAAUCGGAGUUGUUUGGUGAUAGUGAUAGCGACUGGGAGGGUCUGGAUGGGGAGGAUAAAAAACAACUUAGUGAUGCUGGUAAAGAAAUCAAACAGAUAAUGCAUUCAGGGGACAGGAGACGUGAGGCCCAUCAGCCCAACUUUUCAGUGAGCUCUUCAUCCACUUUAAAAUCUGGCUCAUGGUCACAAUGCUCUUCAGAAUCAGAUGGCAACAAAAUGAAAAAGUUAGAUGUGAAAGAAACAGAAAAAUAUGAUAAAAAUUCAUUACAAACAAAAUCAUCAUCUAGCGAGCAGGCUAAACCUGCACCUUCAGGGGCUGAGAAUGAAAAAGUUAUUGUGGAGGAUUAUUCCAAAAUUAGGAUUAUAAACCCACUUGUGUCUUCCUCGUUGAUGAGGAUGCGGAUGGAAGGUAGGAAAAUGAUCAGUGUUUCGAGGAUUCACCAGAAGCUUAAGACACCAGACUUGCAAGGUGACUGGGUCACAAUUGCGGUCGUGGUCGGUAAAUCAGAUUCCAAGUCGUCAAGCUCGGGGAAACCUUAUUCCAUCUGGAAACUUAACGACCUGGAGGAUUUAGAUAACUCUGUGAGUUUCUUUUUGUUCGGGGAGGUGCAUAAACAUAUGUGGAAAACAGCUGUUGGUACAGUUAUUGGUGUUUUGAACCCGUCGAUCAUGGAGUCAAUGGAGAAGAAUAACAGCGAGCCCGCUUUUACAGUAAAAAAUGCUAAUCAAGUCAUGAUUAUGGGUCAGUCUAAAGAUUUGCAUUGGUGCAUUGCCAAAACUAAAGCCGGGAAUAAAUGCAUUAAGUUUAUAAAUAGAAAAUAUGGCGACUUCUGUGCUUACCAUGUUGCAGCAGAGUAUAGGAAAACUGCAGCGCAGAGAUUGGAGUUCCAUGGGAGCAUCAACGGGACAAGACCCAAAUCUUUCGAAAAGAAAAUUUUCUCAAAAGACUGCGCUUAUAUUUACGGUGGAAACACUUUUGUUCCUAACAGUAGCUCCAGCAAUAAGAAAAACAUCACGCUGAAUAAAUUAAAACAGACAAUUGGCACAGGUAGACACCAGAAAGUGAAUACUUUAAGUAUACACGAUAUUAAACCGGAGCCAGUUGCUGGUGGGAAGUUGAGUGCUGACUCAGACAACACAUUCGCUGAGCUCAUUACAGUACCCAGCCCUGGGUCGAUGAACCUUGUCGCGUUUUUGAAAACAAAAGAAGAAAAAGCCGCGGCGUUGAAGACACCAUUAAACGCCAGGAAGAACCCCGCUAUACAGAGCGUCACUCCAAAAGAUCUCAUCAAACAGCACCAGCAGGCAAUGCAGCAAAAAAUGGCAGGCAAAAAGAAAGCUUCAGAACUCCUGCUGUCCAGUUCAAGUUCACAGUCAUUACAAAACAAUAGUCUGACUGCUCUAGUGGAUCCUCUAAAGCAGGUGCCGCAGCUUGGGAAAGGUUUUUAUGGUGGACAAGAAAUUAAUCUGGAUAUAACAGCGAAGACUAUGAGUCUAGCAGACAGGACCAAGUUAAAAGCAGUGGCUGCCAUACUGGGCAAGGGUGGGUUGAAGAAGGAGGACCCUAAUGCUGUGAAAAAAGAUUCCCUUGAUCAUGACAAAAUAAAGAAGAGACUGCUGGAGGAUACAGACAAGUGUCUGCCUGAUGACGACAGUGCCAGCCCACACCAGACGUCUGCUAGAGAGCCACCAAAGAAAAAGUCAAGGCUGCUGGGUAAUGUGGACCUGAACUCUGACGAGGUCAAGGGCAUCCUCAAGGCCAAGUCCAAACACAAGGGAGCUCUGGCUGAGGCUGAGGCAGAGAGAGAGGAAGUUUAUUUCACAGAGCUGGAAAAGAAAGAGAAGAUGGAGGAGAAAAUGCAGAGUGUCACCUCUAUAGAGAUAACUGUCGUGUCAUGCUCACAGUGUUCCUACACAGCACAGUCUGCCCUGGACACUUGCAAGAAAGAAGGACACAAGCUAAAGACCAGCAAAGCCAAAAAACGUUUCUUCAUGUGUAAGAAAUGUAAGCAUAGGACUUAUGUUAUUGGAGGGAAGUUUCCUACUGAUGCUUGCAAGAAAUGUGGUACCCUCUCAUUUGAAAAGACAUCAAUGUAUAAGAUUCGCUCAGGCCCCAAACUUGAUUCUGAGAUCUUAAACAUACGGGGGGAUGAGAUCAAGUAUUUGAACAGCAUGGACCAAAAAUGUUCUCUCAAUGUUGUUCCUGAUACGUAGAUGGAUUUUUAUCAUUUAUUUAUUAUACUUAUUUGUAUGGACUUUGUUUUUAUAAGUGUGGAGUACGAGUUGAUUUUUAUAUUGUAAAUUAUUUCUGAUUUUAAGAAUUAUUCAUACUAAAAAAAAACUUAAUUUUUAAAGUUCUAUUUUUAUUUUUCACACCGUGAAGGUAUUUUUACAUUUUUGUAAAUUGGAGAGUAUUUAAAUUAUUCAGAGUUUUGUCCCUUACAUUAACAAGCAGUAUAGACAUGUUGAUAUCUUUCAAUGAGUUGAGAUGUGCUUAAUAGCAUUAAAUUUUAAACUAUAAAGUUAGCAGUUCCAUUGAUAGUUUGUAACAAUUCAUACAGUAAAAUCUGCCUAAAAUUAGUAAAAUGGAUUACUAUAGAUGGUUCAUCCAGUUUGGGCUUUCUGUUACCUGUGUAUAACCUCAAUUGUUUAAAGUCUAUUUGUACAAUUUGAGUUAUGUAUUGAACUAAAACAUAACUUGACACUAUUCAUUAUUUACUGUUUAUGUCCAAAUACUACUAUUUGUUAAUUAAUUAUGUAAGUUUUAAGCAUGGAUAAAAUAUUUUCUUUGAAGUCAACUAUUAUGGAAUUGUUUAUUUAUACAGUAUAAUAUAAU